AAAUCAGUCAGCUUAACUUUAUAUUUCAACAAAGAAGUAACUAAAAUUGCUUUAAUUUUUAAUUCAAAGUAACACAUGAGCAUAUAAACUCACUAAACUUAAAAUGUAUAAAAAUGUCCACUUAAAUCUUGUGGUGAACUACGGGAUAAGGGUAAUUUGAGUUAAGAUAGAGUCGAAUAAAAGUUUGAAGGUAAUGUCUAUUUUUUAUCAAAAUCUUUUUAAAAUUAUUUUAUAUUAUAUAAACCUCUUAAAAUAUUAUUUAUUAAUCAAAUCUUUCGUAAUGCAUCAACAUAUUAGCCAUAUUUACGUUAUCGUUAAUAAUUUUGUAUAUAUUUUCUUAGUUAAAAUACUAAAAUUUUCGAAUGUUGACCUUCACGUGUCUCUUCUAAGUCAGUAUCUUGUUACCAAGUCAAUAUUACUUUACAAAAUUGCUAACUGAAAAUUAAUACUUGACUAAUUUUUAGUAUUUCGAUAGGUUUGAUUAAUAAAAACGAAUCCAAAAAAGCCCCCAAAGUUUGAUUUGGAUCGUGUAGAUUUAAAGUAGUUUCUCCAUGUUAAUUAAUAAAUAUCUGUAUACUGGUUUUCAUUGUUAAUAUUACCGAUAAAGAUUUCAAAAGCGCUUUCAACCCAAAAAAAAAAAAAGAACUCAAAGCGCACAGAUAAAUUAACAUGGUUGUUAUGGCACUUAUCUUAAAACUUAAUGACUUGUUGGUUAGAACUGAAAGUUCAGUGACCCCGUUUAUGUAAAUCCACCCCUUGUGUACAACUGUUUUGGGUUUUUAUUAGUUUGUUUCCUUUCCCCUCUUUACUCUCUCUCUCUCUCUCUCUCUCUCUCUCUCUGCCUGCAAAUGUGCAAUCUCAUAAGCUUUGGGUCUGUGGAAUUCUGUACUUUUGGUGGAAGAAUGCUUGUCACCUACUCCUUUUAACUUCCCCUCCUCAACAAAAUCUUCUCUUUUCUCCUUCCACCUUCCAUCUUCUUCUGCUUUCUUGUUUCUAUCUGCGAGAGAGAAAGAGAGUGAAAAAAGGGGAGCUCAUGGAGAGGCACAAAUGCAAGCUCUGUUUCAGAGUGUUCCCCAAUGGAAGAUCUUUGGGCGGCCACAUGAAAUCCCACUUGGCCAAGCUCCGUAUCCCUCCCAAAUCUCCUCCUCCCGCUGCUACUCCUCGUCGCCGUCGACCCGACUACGACCCGGCAAUUGAAUCGUCGUCCUCGUUUUCGUAUUCAGACGAAGAAGAUGAGCUGGAAGUGGAGCAGAGCAGGCCGGCAGCGGCGGCGGUGGUGGAAGCUGGAGGCUUCGGCGGAGGCGGAGAUGGGAUUUACGGGUUGAGGGAGAACCCGAGGAAGAGCUUCCGGGUCGCGGAUCCCGAGUUCUCUUUCGCCGGGUCUUCCUCCGUCGUGCAGGACAGAGAGAGCGAGACCGAGUCGAGGAACCCGAGCCGGAGGCGAUCCAAGCGGACCCGGAACUCGGGCGGAGAUGAGAAUAAGAAGGGAUUGGCGGAGAAUCAGAGUUGGAUUCUCGAAUCGACGCCGCCUGCGGCGGCAGAGCAAGAACCGGUGAGCUCUGUUUCCGAUGCUUCCCCUGAAGAAGACGUGGCGAUGUGCCUGGUGAUGCUGUCGAGGGACGUGAACUGGAAGCGAAGAUUCAGUUACGAAAGCGACGAAAUUGAAGAGGGAGAAGGGGAAAAGACGGGAAAUGGAGGAGAAAUCGAGAAGCGAAGUAGCAGCAGCGGAAGAAAUCGGGGGAAGAAGUUGAAGUGCGAGAAAUGUAUGAAACAGUUCCGAUCCUCACAGGCAUUAGGAUCCCACCGCCGGAUUUGCUCUCUCAACGGAACCCAGCUCAGCGGCGGCGGAAUGGGGAAUGUGGUGGCAGCGGUGGCGGCAGAGAGGAUUUUCCAGUGCCCGUAUUGCUACAAGGUGUUCGGGUCGGGUCAAGCACUGGGCGGGCACAAGAGAUCACAUCUCACCGGAGGCGGUUCCUACCCGUCGCCGGCAGCAGCGGCUAACCCACCACCACCGCCUCCGGCAGCGCCCAAAAUCGACAAAAAUUACAGCUUUCUGGAUCUCAACUUGCCAGCUCCCGUGGAAGACGACGAGUUUAGUGCGAGCGUGGUUUCAGAUGCUUAAAUUUCUCCGAAUUCAGGGUAGGGUCCGGUAACAAAAUCUCGAAUCAGAAUUCUCGUUUUUGAGGGUUAUUUUAGGAUUUUGGCGAAGUGGGUAUAUAUCACAAAUUCAUUGGGAAAAACUGAAAGCCCACCGCCAUAGAUGAUGAACUUCAAGAACUUCCUUCCUCCGUUGUUUGGUUGCUUUCAUUGCUGGCUGCUGACUAUAAAAUGGUGUUGAUCCGGAUUUGUGUGUGUGUUUUUUAUGGCAAACUUCAUUGAAUGCUAAAGCUGGCAAAUUGGCUUUGCUUCAAACAGAUACUUCCCUCCUUCCACUCUGCGGUCCUGUGUUGGUUUAUUUAUUUAUUUACGAUUUGUUGAUUUGAUUCGGUUCUUGUUCAUGGUGUGUCAGUCGGGCAAGUUUUCAGGAGUUAUGGUAAAGUGGCAGGCAGAGGGGGAAUUUAUAUUUGUUGCGUUUGGGCCAAUGUUAGUUUGUUGGUUGGUACAAAAUGCAACCUUCAUUCGAGGUAGGCAGUCAUACUCAUACUCACUCAGUCUGUCUCCUCGAGAAUAGUCGUUUUGCUCGCGACAUAAACGGAUAGCUAACUAUUUCGAUAAAUUUCGUUGAAAUUU